GCGAAUGCUCAAAAGUUUCUGGAGUCAUUUUAGACUUCUCACUCGUGUACUCGUAUUCCUCUGAAAGCCUGUGCUGGACGACAUCAUGUUGCGUUUAGUAGUUGUUUUAAUGUGCAUUUGUGGCUUCUUUAUCGUUCAAGGGGGUUCUUCGACUAAGUUAAAAAGGUCACUAGAUGAUAAUUUCAGUCGGCAAAAGAGGUUUAUCAAUUUUGGAUCAGUGUUUCAAGGGUCGAAAAAUUUCAUUGGAAGUUUGAUGACAAGUUGUCCUAGUGGUAUGGAGUACACCAGCUGUGCUUCCAGUUGUCCUGCUUCCUGCGAUGAUCUCUCUCCUAUUUGCGAAGACAGAUGUGAAAAAGAUGUCUCAUGCGCUUGUAAAGAAGGAACAGUAUUUCAAUCCAAAGAAAACAACACUUGUGUUGAAAUAGCAUCCUGUCCAGAAAGAGGAUUUUUUGAGCAACUUGGAAAGAUGAUUUCACGUGAGGUGUCUUGGCAUAAAAGGUUUUUCCAAAGAUUAUUUCAUAUAUGCCCUGGUCCUAAGGUAUUUAUGAGCUGUGGACCAACAUGCAGACCGACAUGCGAAAAUCCAUUUCCUAUUUGUGAUUUUGAGCAAGUCACAGAUGAGAAUGAUUCCUUCGAUUGUGACAAAGACAUAUUUUGCGUAUGUCCCGAAGGAUACAUCGAACAAAGCCACGAAAACUCUACAUGUGUGGAAAAGAAGCCCUGUGAAGAUCGUUUUGCGUAAUCUACGCAGAAUGAUUCAAAAUUAAAGUAAAAUCAAGAUGAAACAGAAGAAUAUAUUAGAAUUGGUGAGAGGUCAACUAGAUCAAGAAAAAGACGUUAAAUCGAAUUGCAGAUUUUUAUCUUCUUACUAUUUUAUUGCAUAUUGCCGCUGUAAGUUUAAUCAAAUGUGAACAAACUAGAAAAUCACAGAAAUUGCAAUUAGUUUGUAUGUUAACGCUUAACAAAAUAAUAUAUAUAAAUCUAUAUAAAGGAGAAGGUUUUUUAACAAUGAAAUACACCAAGAAUGCUAAUAAUGAAAGAAAUGAAAUGGUUUUGAAGUAUUUAAAGUUUGCAAGCUGAAAUAUUGUUGAUCCAAGGUUUAUAAUCUAUGUGCGAUUGAAUAAAGUGACUAGUUACUAGUAUGACUGCAAUAAAAGAGUUGAAUAAGCGAUUCUUUC